AUGCACUUAACGAGAAGAUGCAACUCCUCGGUGCAACACCAUUUUGCGGUGGUGAUGGGCAGCGGGGUGGCCGGCUCGUCGCUCACCUAUCAUCUCACGAAAAGGGGAAUCAAGGAUGUUCUUCUUCUUGACAAAGGAGCCGCCGGCACCCCAGCCGCCACCAGUUUUCACUCGCCCGGACUUGUCUCCGCCUCUCACCCCGCUCAUCGUUACAAGCCGAUUUUGGCCUAUUCAGUUGAACUCUACAAGGAUCUCGAGAAAGAAACUGGAGAGCCAGUGCAUUUCGAGCGCGUUGGCACGAUCCGAUUGGCGACGAACAAAACUCGACUGGACGAGUUCAAGCGAUAUGUGGCCAGGGAUUAUUUUAAGGAAGGUGACGCGUGCAAGACGGACCUGUUGAAAUCGCCCGAAGAAGUGCUGGCGAAAGCUGGAAUUAUCGAUAAGUCAAAGCUCUACGGUGGUCUUUACACGAGCAACGACGGUUAUGUGAAUGCCCGGGGAUUGAAUCGCGCUUUCAUCAAGGGCACCGUCGACCGGGGAGGAAAAAUUCUGCACGAAGUCGAUCCGGAAUUCAUUGAUUAUGAUAUGACGAAAAAGGAAUGGCUAAUCGGGCUGAAAGACGGAACGAGCAUCCGCACAAAGAAUCUCGUCAACGCUGGGGGCAUCUGGGCGAACGACAUCGCCAAACUCUCUCACUACAAAGGAACGAAGGGUUUCGAGUUGCCGCUCGUCAUCGCCGAGCAUCAAUAUGCUGUGAUUACGCCCAAAGAAGCUCCACCAGCUGAUCUCCCAGCGCUCAUCGAUCACGAUAGUACUUUUUAUUUGAGGAAAACGGCCGAUGGCAAGUAUAUUUUCGGCGGUUUCGAGCCGAUGAGCAAGGUGGUGUUCAGAAAGGAUUGGCUCGAGGGUGGAGUGCCGAAAGAAGGCUCAAAGCUGAUUAAACCGGACUUCUCGCGUCUGGAUGUGGCGUGGAAACGAGCGCAAGAGUUGAUCCCGUCGAUUCGAGGCGCAGAUUUGGAACCAAGAGCCGCUGUUUUCAGCAUGGCUCCUGAUGGAUAUCCACUGGUUGGACCUUACAAGCGAAACUACUGGCUCUCGACGGGUUUCCUCGAUGGUGUUUCGUCGGCUGGAGGUGUUGGCAAAUACUUAUCGGAUUGGAUGGUUGAUGGAGAACCGCCAUCGGAACUUUUUGACACCGAUGCGUCACGUUUCGAUGAUUGGGCUACGAAGAGUUUUAUCGCGGAAAAAUCCCGUGAGACUUACUCGAUGUACUACAAUUGGUCGUACACGAAUCGAAUGGCUGGAAGACCGACACAGAGAGUAUCCGGAGUAUAUGGACGAUUGAAGAAAGAUGGAGCUUUCUUCACGUACAGAAAUGGAUGGGAAGUGACACAGCAUUUCAAUGUGACUCAAUACUCGAAAUUGGAGGACAAUGUCGAGCCGGAGUUUUGCGAUGCAAAGAGCACCCUGCCAACACUGUGUCGUGAAUAUGAAAUGGUGACGAACAAAUGCGGUAUCAUCGAUCUCUCGUGGAAGGGGAAAAUCGAGGUGAAGGGGAAAGACGCGAUGCAACUCAUGGACUAUGUGAUCGCUGGACCGACCCCAACUUUCGGCAAGAUUGGCUCCGGUUUGAUGCUGACGCGACAGGGCCGACUUCUGUCGCCACUUAAGAUUUUCCAUCAUGACAGCUAUCGAUCGGCUUUCAUUUUGGUGACCGAGCCCGAGCGCGAGUCUCGCGAUCUCUACUGGUUAAAGCGAGCCGCUACCGAGAAAAAUCUCGACGUUGAGGUGAACCUCAUCUCGCACUAUUUGGCAAGUUUGGCGCUUGUUGGACCGAACAGUCGACAGAUCCUUCAAGAGUUGACGAAAAGUGACCUCUCAGAGAGCGGUUUCCCCGUUCGCUCCACCAGAUUGAUUCGACUCGGAACGGUGCCUGUGAUCGCCGCCCGCACUUCCACCUCUACCGGUCAACUCAGCUAUGAGCUCUUCCAUAACAGAGCCGACAGCAUUCGACUUUAUGAUGCAAUUUGGAGCGCCGGGCAUCUUCAAUUCGGCGUGCACAACUUUGGUCAAGCUACGAUGAACAUGCUUCGUCUUGAGCACGGGUACAAAAUUUGGGGCCGAGAACUCACCCUUGACACGAAUCCUUUCGAAUGCGGCAUCGGAAAUCUCGUCAACUUCGAUAAAAAAGAGUUCAUCGGAAAAGCGGCCGCCAUCGAGUUGUCCAAGCAGAAAUUCCAUCGACGUCUCUCACUGAUCACUUUUGAUACAAAUCUACCAUUUGAGACCCACUCGAUCCCGUCCGGUAUGGAAGUGGUGAGAAAAUCGGGAUGCGAAGAGCGUGUCGGUCAAAUCACCUCCGGCGCUUACUCGGUCCGUUUGCAGUGCCCGAUCGCGUUCGCUUGGCUCAAUGAUACUGUACAAGCCAAUGAUACGCUUUCCGUCGAUGUCGGCACGGGACGAGCGCUGAAGGGGAAAAUCCUCGAGUUUAUCCCUCAUUCGCCUAUCCAU